CACUGUGUUUUGACAGCAACGUGUACACAACCUGCCGCUGAUUUCUUCUUGAUUGUUAUUUAACUCUAACUUUCACAGGUUGAAUAGAACAACCGUUUGGUUUUCAGUUCAUAAUAUUUUGCUACGGUCCCAGAAGAAGAGAUGGCUGUGUCCACGGGAGCGUCGUUUCUCCUGUCACUGGUGAUGGCAGUCCUGUUGUUUUCUGGAAUGCAGAUGUACAAGGGCUGGUUCGUGUCAUCUCAGCUUCACACUCUGCUGGGCGGAUGUGUUUCCUCAAUUCUCUUCCUGCUGAUUCUGACCUCUUUGGGAAAUCUCGAAAGCAUCAUGUUUGGGAAACAUUUUCAAACAAAGCUGUUCCCUGAAAUUUUAGGCUGCUUGUUUUUGGCACUCUUUGCGGCAGGAUCUAUUCACAGGGUUUGUGUGACCACAGGGUUUGCCUUUUCGUGCUUGGGGCUGUACUAUGUCAACAUCGUGGCUCAAAAGACCCACAGUACAACAUCAUCAUCAACAGUGGCAUCAGCUAAAAAGCGCAGAUGAAGAGAUGAAAUCUUGAAUCAACAGAAAUGUGUUUUCAACAUUAAUUGUAUUUGCAUAUUUUUCUUUACUCAUGUUUUGCCUGUGUUUUCUGAAUUUGUAAAAAAAUACUCUUAAUUAAAAUAUAAACAUCACCACCACCAUCU